AUGGCUCGACAUGACUAUUCGACGCGCCGACGCUCUGGUCCGGAAACGCCAGCUGCCCUGAGAAAUGGAUAUCAAAGUAACCGUAAUACCCCGGGAUUGCCGAACAUGGAUGUCAGUGGAUAUGGAGAUGACUCCACAAACCUUGAUGGUGACCCUACACCUGUUCCGCGAAUAGCUAGCAGCAGCACUCAAAGCACACCUCUCCCUUCGCUGCCAGGGAGGAAUGGCAAUGUCGUCGGGGAUGGGCAUAACAUGAUGACAUUAAGAGAACAAGAAAAGGUUAUUGAUAAACUCGAUAAGGAAAAUUUCGGCCUAAAAUUAAAAAUACAUUUUUUAGAGCAAAACUUCAAGUUGUCGAAACCCGAAUUUGCCCAAGCUGCGAUACAAGAAAACACCGAACUCAAAGUCACAAAACUGACGAUGGAGCGUGAUUUACACCAAUGCAAGAAAAGUCUUCGGCGCGCGGAACAGGAUCUGGCGGAAUGCCAGGCGGAGUUGCAAGAACUGCAGUCACACCCAAGUCAAAGACAUGCUAACGAAAAUCUGCAGAGAGAAUUGAACCAAUUGCGCGAAGAUUUAGAGAGCAAAAAUAAUGAACUCCAUGAUCUGCAAGAAGAGGUGGAUUUCAUGAAAGUGAAUGAGUCAGAGAGUCUACAGCAGCUUCGGGAUGAGAUACAGGACUUACAAUAUGAGCUCAGGCGGAAAACCGAGCUUGUUGAGAACCAGGAAGAUGAGAUUGAAAACUUGAAGGAAAAGCAGCAAAAUGAGAAGGACUCGAUUGCUCAGCUUGAAGCUGCACUUCAACAGGCGAAGGAGCAGUUAGAUACUCUCCAAAGUAGUCUAGAACAAGCAAAGUCGGAAGCAAGUGAGGCAAAGUCAAAGUGUGAAAAAGCAGUUGAAGAGAAGGAGCAAGCCGUAGAAGAUUUGAAGGAGCUUCAAGAUGAAAUGACCGACAAAUCUUUCUACACCAAAGGACUCAGCCGCCAACUAGAGGAAAAAGCCAACAAAUUGGAAGACGAAAUUAACAACCUCCGGAAGGAGCACACUGCGCUGGAGAAAAAUUUCCAGAGCAAGAUUCGCGAGGCAGCCAAGCUUGAGGAGGAGGUUGAAGCACUCAAAGAAGAGCUAUCCGCAGAGAAGGCAAGAUUGCAGGACGAUCUUGAUUUAGCCCAUCAUGAGCGAGAUAUUGCUAGAAGGGAACGGCACGACAUUUUGGAACGUCUACACCAAGUUGAGGACGAGAUCCAAAAAGUGGGGAGGAUGCAAAAGCUGUCCUGA